AUGAUCUCUGGCGAAGGCCAGAGCCAAAGCAUAUACAUCCUGGGGUGUAAAUUGUCCUCUCAGCCUAGUCCCACCUGCGGCUAUCACAUUACCCUAAUGCUGAGAACAGAGGUAAACAAAGUGCUGGAGGUUGCUCAUGGUAAGAAGUCGAUCGGUUCCAGUUUAGAAGCAAAAGUCUAUCUCCAUGCCUUUGACGAUAAUCUGGCUGCAAGACUGGUCGACAUGUGUGCAUCAGAAAGUGAAGCUGAUACAUUGCAUCGCAUAUUUAUAACAUCUCAGGAAAAAACAAAAUCUGGGUUGGAGUGUCAAGUGCAACGGGUUCAAAAUGUGAUAGAUGCUGGAAUUUUUCGUCUCAAAUCGGCACUUUUGACGACCACCCCUCGCUAUGUGGCAUAUGUUACAAUGUUGUCGGCCAGCCAAUUCCAGCCAUGGCAGCAGUUUAGUUGA